CCGUGUGUGUUCGAAUUCGGUUAGGAUAAAUUGUGUAACAUCCAGCAAAACGCAGGAUUGAGUAGGUCGAUGUGGAGAAAUAUGUAAAAUCGGUGUAAAAUUUUUCCGAAUUUUGCGCACAUUUCUUGGCGUAAGAUGGAUGCUGCUGACGCGAUGGAUACUUCAACAGUAGUUAUCGCCAACGACACUACUUCGAAUUUUGUCACCGAACCCGACUCAGCUGCUCGCCAAUGCGAACAAUAUUGGGAUGCGACGGCACAACAUGUCCUGGCUUAUCUGGGAAUUUCUCGUGACGUUUUUCUGGCCAUUGGAAUAAUAUUUCUGAUCGCCGUGGUCAUCGGCCUACUGUUCAUUGUAUGGAGUGUUUAUGUGUAUUGCCGCGAGCGACGCUUCCGGCGGCGAUGCUGUAGUAUCGAAGAAGUGCCGCCCAGUCCGCCACCGCAUCUCGCCAUCACCGCCAAUUCCUUUAUCAACCGUUUUGAUAAGAAAUACGGGGAUCAGACGCCACCUAGCCGCGAUGACAAUGGCCACAAUACGAAGAUUCCGAUGACCUUUGAUAAAGCACCGUUAUCCGAACUUUCUGAAGCCGACAAGCAGUACUUGGUGGUUAACAUGGAAGAUAACGAGGGCGUCGGUGAACUGCGCGGACGGAGCAGCUCAGCAUCGGCCCGAAGGAACUUGGAUAAUCCACUCGGCCAGUUGAAGUUCGGACUGGAGUACGAUGUACAACAUUCAACGUUGAUGGUCAGUAUCCGUGAAGCGGCCAAUUUACCGGCACUGGACCAGUGCGGCACAUCCGACCCGUACGUCAAAGUGUACCUCCUCCCGGACAACACCAAAUACGAGACGAAAGUGCAGAUGAAGACGCUCAACCCCAUCUUUGACGAAACCUUUCGUUUCACGUUCCUACAGGAGACCACCGAUGAAAAGACCCUGGUGAUGGUGGUGUACGAUUUUAACCGGUUCUCCAAGGAUGUGCCGAUCGGUGAAGUGCGCUUGCGGCUGGAUUCCAAGCACAUCGGCUAUGUGUUCGACGGAUGGAAUGAUCUGCAGCCGCUGGAGCAGGACGGAGUGGUUAAGGGCGAACAGCUUGGGAAUUUGUGCUGCUCGUUAUGUUACGUGCCACCCACCGGUAUGCUGACCGUGAACGUUACGGAAGCGCGUGACCUGAAGAAAAUGGAUCUGAUGGGCUUAUCGGAUCCUUACGUGAAAAUCACUCUGAUGUGCAAUGGAAAGUUGUUAAAGAAAGCCAAGACGACAAAGAAAAUGCAUACACUGAAUCCCUCGUUCAAAGAAUCCUUUGCAUUUGAUCUGGAACCUUUCGAACAAAUUCAGCAUUCUCUGCUAAUUCUGACGGUUAUGGAUCACAACCGCUUAAGUUCUUCCGAUCGAAUCGGGCGUGUGGUGUUGAGUGCCAGCGCCGCCGGUACCGAACUGGAACACUGGACGACGAUGUUGGAGAAACCGCGCGAAACUAUCGAGCGCUGGCAUGCACUAAAACCUUGCUGGUGAUGGGAUUUUGUGGGAUUACAUUUUGGAUUUUUGGCCGCUAAUGUACUUACCUUAGGAUAUGCUUAGUACUACUACAGUACUUAAUUAAUACCUGUCCACUUCUGUUGCUACCGACGAUAACAAGAAGUUAAGAGAUUUACGUAGAGUGAUGCCACCGCGUAGAGUAACGAAACCCGAUACAGAAAAUUA